GCAUGGUUAGACUUUUUCCAGUUCACUCACUGACGGCCGAUGGGUGGCGAGCCCAACCGCAAGGCCUUCAGACGAUGACAACGACGGUGGACCUUCAAACUGAAAAGGUUAGUAAGGGGUUCACCCAAGCCACAGCCGCCCCAAAGUUUCCGUUGUUAUGUAAGAGAACACACGAAGAUCACUCUGUUGGUGUUUUCUACGGGGAAAACCCUCUCGAAUUCUCCUUCGACGUCAUCAUAUUUGAGAUAUUCUUUGUCAUCACCGUCACCCAGAUUCUUCGAAUCCUUCUCCGCCCUCUGAAACAACCUAGGAUCGUUUCCGAGAUCAUUGGUGGAAUAAUCAUCGGACCUUCGGUUCUGGGGCGGAGCAAGGAGUUCAAGAAGUAUAUAUUCCCUGAAAAUGCCAAUUUCGUCUUGAAAAACGUUGGGAUUAUGGGUUUCAUGCUUUACCUGUUUGUGAAUGGGUUGAAAAUGGAUUUGAGUUUGAUGAAAAACUCGGGUAAGAAACAGUAUGGCAUUGCCCUUUUGGGAAUAACCAUUCCGAGUCUUGUAGCGUGUAUUGUGGGAUUCAGCAUCCGGAGCACCAUGUUGGACGAACAGCUUUCCAUGUCUUCCUCUAUCAUAACAUUUUCUGCCACGGCGUCAAUGACUGGAUUUCCAGUCCUCUACCCAAUUCUUAGAGAAUUAAACCUCCUUAGCUCGGAGGUGGGCCGUUUAGCCCUGGCGGUUGCAUUGAUCGGCGACGUACUCGGGAUAGGCAGCAUCGUCAUGUUUGAAGCGGUGAAACAAGGGGAAGUGGCGGCUAUGAAUACUCUAUGGUACCUGAUAUCCCUAGCAAUUUUGCUACUCUUCUUGUUCACGGCGGUCAAACGAGCAAUGGUGUGGAUCGUUAAAAGAACACCGGAGGGAGAGCCGGUGGAUCAAAUCUACGUCAUUAUUAUUUUAACAGGAGCAUUUGCUUCUGCAUUUUUAACGGACAUGUUUGGGAUUGCAGUUGCUAACGGGCCGUUUUGGUUGGGGCUGGUGAUACCUGACGGGCCGCCUUUGGGAGCCACCCUGGUGGAGAGGUCGGAGACAAUAGUGAUGGAACUUAUAAUGCCAUUUUCGUUUGCGUUGGUGGGGCUGUACACGGAUGUUUUCGCCAUGGUAGCCGGCGAUUGGGAGAACUUGUUGCCGUUGUUCAUCAUCACGGUUACGGGGUGGUUGGCUAAGUUUGUUGUAGUUACCACCGCUGGCCUUCUCUUUAACCUCACUUUCAAAGAUAGCCUCACCCUCGGCCUCAUAAUGAGCUUGAGGGGUCAAAUUGAGUUUAUUUUGUACGUCCACUGGUUAGACAAAAAGGUUGCAAAGGUAGAUACUUACACAAUGAUGGUUUUGGUGACGACGGCCAUGACUGCAAUAGUUUCGCCUUUGAUCACCCUGUUAUACGAUCCCACCAAGCCGUACAUGGUGCACAAGAGGAGAACAAUUCAGCACACCCCACCCGACACAGAGCUCCGGAUAGUUCUCUGCGUCCAUGACCAAGAAACCCUCCCUGGCCUAAUCAACCUCCUUGAUUACUCCCACCCCACUCUCAACAGCCCUUUCACCGUCUUCGCCCUCCACCUCAUUGAGCUCAUUGGCCGUGCCGCCCCUAUCGUCAUUGACCACGACCAACAGAAGGAGCCCUCCAAGUAUGGAAAUUAUGAAACUAUCCAUAAUGCCUUAAAGCUGUACCAAAACAACAAGGGUGAACUCCUAAAAUUACAUUCCUACACCGCCUGGACUCCUAAGAGGACCAUGUAUCAAGACCUAUGUAAGCUUGCCAUGGCCAAGAAAGCAGUAUUAAUUAUUUUACCAUUUUAUAAAGAGCGCGUUGAGGACAUUGCCUCUACAACUGAGCUGAUGCGUGGAGGGGUGAAGUCCAUGAACUUGAACGUCUUAGCUCACGCUCCUUGUUCCAUAGGCAUCUUCGUAGACAAGGCAUAUCUCCGCAAUCCCCUCUUGGCUCGAUCAUUCCGAGGGUCUCUAUAUAGUUUUGUAGUGUUGUUCAUGGGAGGAGCCGAUGCUCGGGAAGCUCUGGCAUAUGCUGAUCGGAUGGUUGUCAACCCUGACGUGUGCCUCACAGUAGUGCGGUUCUUAUCCUACAACAGUGAAGGUGAUAAUGAGAUGGAGAAGAAACUAGAUGACGGGGUGGUAACAUGGUUUUGGGUCAAGAACGAGGGAAAUGAAAGGAUGGUAUACAGGGAAGUGGUGGUGAAGAACGGAGAGGAAACGCUGGCGGCGAUUCAGGCAAUGAAUGAUGGGAGUUGUGAUCUUUGGAUAAUGGGGAGGAAACAGGGGAUCAAUCCAGUGCUUUUGGAAGGGCUAUCAGAUUGGAGUCAGAAUCAAGAGGAACUAGGGGUCUUAGGAGAUUAUAUUGCGUCGGCCGAUUUCGGUGGCUCAGCCUCGGUGCUGGUGGUGCAACAACAAAUUCUGAGAUGGCAAGGGCCAGCGACACACAUCUCCAGCGACAAUUUUUUGCAACAUUUGUUCUCAAAAUAAUUGCCACUGUACGUCUUCAUCUUCUCUACAGGGUCUGGUUGGUUUCUUGGCCGGUCGUCACUUUCAUUCUGCUCAAAUUGUGGUUGAAGUUCAGUUUUCCUCCAUGUUUGGAUUAAAAGUUGGUACUUUGUAGCCAUGGAUGAUGACAGUUCAAGCCCUUUAUGGAGGAUGUCGAGCAAACGCAGGUAUUUAUUCAUCUUUUGUGUGUGUGUGUGUUUCUUUUUAUAUCUUAAAAUCAUGGAAGAUUGUGAAUUUAGAGUUGGGAAGUUGGUUGUGUUAGGUAGCCCUAGUUCGGCUUGAAGCUUUGGAGAAUGGUAAUGUGGGGUAUUGAAACGGUGGAAAUUAAGAUGAUAAUGAGGCUUCUCUUGUGGAUGAUGAUCAAGGUUGAACUUUUUACCUUUUUUUUAUAUUUAUCUGUCUUGAUCUGGGAAUUUUUUCCAAUAGAAGUUUCUUAUACCUAAUUUAUCAACAACAUUUGAUUGGGAGUUUUGAUUGGUGAAGAACAAGUAUUUGUCUAACUGUUCAAAAUGGCCAAACCCACAAAUCCACCCCAAAAUAGGAGGCUAAGGAUGUACCCGCCCCCCAAAAAAAAAAAAAAAUGUAAGGACAAAUU